AACCACUGAAGAAACUUCCUGUUCAAGUCAAGACGGAUCUCCAGUUGUUUCUUUUUUUAUUUAUUUUACAAAAGACCACUCAGACUUCCUUAGAUUGUGCUCAGACGGACACUAUUGUAUUCAUUCUACAGUUGGAAAAAACACCAGCAUUAUUUUUUUCCCCGAAUAAUACAAGAAUAAUUGACAGACUUACUUACCUCCAAUCAUUUUCUCCUCCAUCUACUCAGAAGAAGCCUCUGCUUUCUACCUGGGAAAAAUAAGGACGACAAGCAAUUAUUAUCUAAUAGCAUUUUUUUUUAGGUUGUACAUGUCUGUAAAUACCUCAGGGAUACUUUCCCACCACCUACCUCUUCCAUCAAAACAGCCAACUCCGACUGGAACACAGCAAGUCUAAACCUGUGACCUCUAACUGCUGUUACCGUGACAACCUGGAUUGCCUCUCAAACUCUCCUCUCUGAUUGUUAGAAAACUCACACCACCUGCGAGCCUAGACCUGGUCAUUGCAUAAAAUACACCAGCAGGAGCCUCACCUGUCCCAAUAACACACCUGUCGGACAACAAUAUACCUCAGCAGACAAACCCUCCACACACUCAAGGAAACAGAAAGGAACUUCAUUCAGAACUCCGGUGCUUGGAUUUACCCAGUGGACCACCCAUUUCACCAUCUUCCACUUGCCUUAGGGACUGGAUUAUAGCAACCGUAGCCAAGAAGUCCUCCUGAGAAGCAUUUCGGACUCGGCACGGCAAACAUCUAUCCUCUUUUCAACAAGUCUCAUAAUACACGAGCCUGAGCGUUGAAGUGAUAAGUUAUUGACCCAGAGGCCUUCAGAAGAGCCAUCAGUACGUUCGACUCCAGCUUCCUCUCACCCUCUGGAGACAGAAACAAUGCAGACUUCUUGACAAACUCCAAACAUCCCGAUUGGCAAGUAAAACGUGAGAAGAGCCAUCCUGUGUUGCACCAAACAACGCUCGCCUAAAAGUGGAGAAAGGAAUGCAUCGCUUGCUUUGGCUUCAGCUGCCCACGGCUGCAACCAUUCCCCGGGGGCUGCCUAUUGAGGGGUCCGUGGGCCAAUCCUGAACGGGCUGGCAAGGUCGGCCUCAUUGUCCUGUGAUUGGCCGCUGGAUAGGACUGAGGGCUGAAUGGAGCCAGCGUCCAAGAAGCAGAAUAGAAACUCGUCGGAGAAAGAUGAGAAAGGGUGGCUCGAUGUGCCGAAGAGAAAGAGGAAGAACAGCCAGUCUUCAAUAAAGAGCAUGUCUGCUCUUAGCAUCUCUGUUCCAGGGUACAUCCCCAGCUACCUGGAGAAGGACGAGCCGUGCGUGGUGUGCGGCGACAAGGCGACUGGCUACCACUACCGCUGCAUCACGUGCGAGGGCUGCAAGGGUUUCUUCCGCCGAACCAUCCAGAAGAACCUCCACCCGUCGUACACGUGCAAAUACGAAAGCUGCUGCAUCAUCGACAAGAUCACCCGCAACCAGUGCCAGCUGUGCCGCUUUAAAAAGUGCACCUCUGUGGGCAUGGCCAUGGACUUGGUCCUGGAUGACUCCAAGCGUGUGGCCAAGCGGCGUCUCAUCGAGGAAAACCGUGAGAAGAGAAAAAGGGAGGAGUUGGUGCGGACAUUGCAGGUCAGGCCGGAGCCGAACACCACAGAGUGGGAGCUGAUCCGCAUGGCAACGGAUGCCCAUCGGAACACCAACGCACAGGGAUCCACCUGGAAACAGAAGCGCAAGUUUCUGUCAGAUGAUAUUGGCCAGGGCAAAGUGGUGCCCACGUCAGAAGGAGAUAAGGUGGACCUGGAAGCCUUCAGUGAGUUCACCAAGAUCAUGACACCGGCCAUCACACGUGUGGUGGACUUCGCCAAAAAACUGCCCAUGUUCUCAGAGCUUCCUUGUGAGGACCAGAUCAUCUUGUUGAAAGGCUGCUGCAUGGAGAUCAUGUCGCUACGCGCCGCCGUCCGCUACGACCCGGACAGCGAGACGCUGACGCUGAACGGCGAGAUGGCCGUCAAGCGUGAGCAGCUGAAGAACGGGGGGCUGGGCGUGGUGUCGGACGCCAUCUUUGAUUUGGGCAAGAGCCUGGCGCACUUUAACCUGGACGACUCCGAGGUGGCGCUGAUGCAGGCCGUCCUGCUCAUGAGCUCAGAUCGCUCUGGCCUGACGAGUGUGGAGAAGAUCGAGCAGUGCCAGGAGGCGUACCUGCUGGCGUUCGAGCACUACAUCAACCACCGCAAGCACAACAUUCCUCACUUCUGGCCCAAGCUGCUGAUGAAGGUAACAGACCUGCGCAUGAUCGGAGCGUGUCACGCCAGCCGCUUCCUCCACAUGAAGGUGGAGUGUCCCAACGAACUCUUUCCGCCGCUCUUCUUGGAGGUCUUCGAGGACCAGGACGUGUAACUGAACUAAGGCUACCCCUCUAGACACUAAAAAAAAAAAUAGGUGGAGGGGAGUACGUUUGGUAAGAAGAAGUAGGAGAAAGCUAAUUUUUUUUUUUUCCUUAUCUAAUGGGAACACACCCUGGGAACAUUUACCUGUGGCUCGGGGGGGUCCCACGCCCGCCACCUACCACCAGCACUCGACAGCGCAAGUGAGAAAAACAAUGUGGCUUCUAUGUCUUGUCACUUUAAAAUGUUCAGUAGAGUUAUCUAAACCACAAACUGUAUGCAGACACACACACACACACCUCACAACUGUAGUUUCCUCAUCAUGAUCUCCUCAGACAAUCCACUCCACACGCUUCUUUGCACCUUCCGUAUCAGCAACAGCGCUCUCUGCAGCCAUGACAGUGUUUGUCAACCUACCUCCCCUCACAUACUGACCUCUCAAUGUAUCACACACACACACACACACACACACACACACACACACACACACAAUCCAAAACACACAUGCGACACCUGCACUUUUUACCUCAUAGCAUGUAAAAUAUAGUGUCUUAUUUAUUGGUGGUUUACGGAGUCCUCAGUAGUACCGCUCUAGUAGUUAGACGCAGUAUAAAAACCCGACUUGCAAUAUAAUAUCAUGUAUGGGUUGUGAUACACACCGCAACACAACUCUCAGAUUUCCUAUAAACACACGCCUUAUAUUUUUCUACCUAUAAUCAGUGACGGCUGGUGCAGUUUUGAAUGUGGAUCUCGAGACCACAGCGGAAUUAUUGCAAGCAAGCACACAACUCAUUUUGCAAAUCAAUAUUUCCAUCCAACAAGAGCUGUAAAUAAUAAUAAUAAUAGUAUUAAUAAUAGUAAUAACAAUACAAGUGUUUAUUUCUUAAGAUGUCUGUAUUGAUCUUAUUUGGGUGUUGGCAGGGAAGCUAAUUGGAAAGACAGAGUAGACUUAUAGGAAUCCAAGUGUCACUUUAGCAGGGGUGGGCGAUACUGCACAUUUUGUUAUCGAUCCGAUGCCAAAUAAAUAUUGCCAAUUCCAAUAUUUUUGACUUGUAAAUAAAAAAUAAUAAUAAAAAGAAAAAAUAUAUAUUACUACACAAAUAUUAAAUUAAUUUCUAAUUUUAUAUAUAU